AGAGAGAGAGAGAGAGAGAGAGAGAGAUAGUGAUAGAAGACAGAAGUUAGAAGAAAGAGAAACACGGAAAUUGCAGGCAGACAAGUGUCUUUUAUCAAAGUGUUACAAAUUAUUGCAUUUCUUUAAUUCUUCGACGGACGUUUAAACAAACGAAGAUGCCGAACAUUAAAUUACAAAGUUCUGAUGGUGAGGUAUUCGAGGUAGAUGUAGAUAUCGCAAAAUGUUCUGUAACUAUCAAAACUAUGUUGGAGGAUCUUGGUAUGGAUGAAGACGAAGAAGAAGUUGUACCUUUGCCCAACGUUAAUUCUGUUAUCCUAAGGAAAGUAUUACAAUGGGCAACUUAUCAUAAAGAUGAUCCACCUCCACCAGAGGACGAUGAAAAUAAAGAGAAACGUACAGAUGAUAUUAGUUCUUGGGAUGCUGAUUUCUUAAAAGUUGAUCAGGGUACACUUUUUGAAUUAAUUUUGGCAGCUAACUAUCUUGAUAUUAAAGGAUUAUUAGAUGUAACAUGCAAGACUGUCGCUAAUAUGAUCAAAGGCAAAACUCCAGAAGAAAUUCGUAAAACAUUCAAUAUAAAGAAUGAUUUUACGGCAUCAGAGGAAGAACAAGUUCGCAAGGAAAAUGAAUGGUGCGAGGAGAAAUAAGCCAAAGGAUCUUUUUAAAAAUAUUUAAUUUUAGUGUUUUUGAAUUUUGAAUUAAAAUUUUUUGUUUUCCUUUUUUUUUCUUUUCUUUUUUUUUCUUUUUUUUUUUCUUUUUUUUUUGAAUCUUGUUACCUUCUACGUUUUGGUACACGCAAAUUGAUAGGAAAAGGUGGUUCCAUCCAAAUGCUUAGAUAAUAUAUGAUAAACUUGAUAUGAUUUAUUUGUCCGUAUACUAGCAAAUAUUAAUGAAAUUUCUAUACACUCUA